AUGAGAGAAUUACCGUCAAAGGAAUCCGCUCUAUUUAAACAAAUUCUUGCAAGUACCAUUUAUAAGAAAGGGUUGAAAGCAACCGAUCAAAUACUGAAAAAGUAUCCAGAACAUGGGGAAACGUUGGCUAUGAAAGGUUUAUUCCUUAACCACAUGGAUAAGAAAGAAGAAGCCCGAGAAUUCGUGCGAAAGGGCCUUCGAUCUGAUCUGAAAAGCCAUAUUUGCUGGCAUGUAUACGGAUUAUUACAUCGAUCCGAUAAAAAUUAUGGCGAAGCAUUAAAAUGUUAUACUCAAGCUUUAAAAAUCGAUAAGGAUAAUAUGCAAAUUCUUCAAGAUUACUCUCUACUUCAAAUCCAAAUGCGAAAUUACGAAGCCUUUAAUGAAUCACGUCACCACCUUUUACAAUUGAGACCAAAUAAUCAAAGAUAUUGGAUAGGGCUUGCAAUAUCUUAUCAUCUAUUAGGAAAUUACGAAACUGCUGAAAAAGUUUUGGAAAAAUAUGAAGAAACACUUAAGCCUAGUCAAGCGAAUUAUUACGAGCAUAGCGAAAUGCUAUUAUACCAUAAUCUUAUUAUAGAAGAAAGUGAUAAUACUGAAGCGGCUUUAAAACAUUUAGAAUCUAUUAAAGACAAUAUUUGUGAUCGUCGAACUUGGAAAGAAAAACGAGCCCAGUUUCUAUUGAAACUUAAUAGACUUCAAGAGGCAAAAGCGGCGUAUGAAGAGUUAAUUAAUGAUAAUCCAGAUUGUUACGGUUAUUAUGAAGGAUUACAAAUAGCUAAAGGGAUUAAUACUAACGACUUGACACCUGAAUGCGAAGAAAAAAUCAUCGCUUUAUAUAAAGAUCUAACCCAAAAAUAUCCAAAGUCGAAUGCGAUCAAAUUAUUUCCUUUAUUAUAUACGACUGGUGAUAAUUUUAAAAUGUUCGCUGACGAAUAUGUACGAGCUGCUCUUCGUAAAGGUGUCCCGUCCUUAUUUGUCAAUCUCAAAAAGCUCUAUAGUGAUCCCCAAAAAGAAGCUAUCAUCGAGCAAUUAGUUGAAGGAUACCUUGAAUGUCUAAAGAAGCAUGGUACUUUCUCACAAGGUAAAAAUGAGGAUGAUGUGAAGGAACCUCCUACCGCUUAUCUGUGGACUCUUUAUUUGCUUUCUCAGCAUUAUGAUAAUAAACGUGACACAACGAAGGCUCUCAUGUUGAUUAACGAAGCAAUUGAGCAUACACCUACCUUAGUCGAAUUAUAUAUGACAAAGGGCCGCAUUAUAAAGCAUGGCGGGAACCUAAAUGAAGCCAUGAAGGUUAUGAAUGAAGCCCGUGAGUUAGACCUUCAAGACAGAUUCAUCAAUUCGAAAUGUUCAAAGUAUAUGCUCAGAAACGAUCAAACUGAGGAAGCUGAACAAAAAAUUGGAUUAUUUACUAGGGGUGAUGCACCCGAUCCAUUAACAGAUCUUGCGGAUAUGCAAUGUAUGUGGUUUGUCCUUGAAGAAGGUGAAAGCUAUAUAAGGCAAAAACAAUGGGGUAAAGCUCUAAAACGUUUUCACCAAAUUGAAAAGGAUCAAUUACGUUCGCAUCCGUAUUAUUUUCGUGCAGCACAAAGUGCAAUAAAGAUCUAUAUCGAAUUGUACGACAAUCCAAAUACAAUUACUAUUAGUGAAGAGAAUGAAGACUAUGCAAAUAUGACUGAGGGCGAAAAGAAGAAAUUAAAAAGCAAAGCUAAAAAAGCUGCACAUAAAAAACAGAAGGAAGAUGAAGAAAGAAAAGAAAAGGUCAAGGAAGAGAUUAAAAGAAAAGUUGAUAAACCUCAGGACGAUGAUCCAGAUGGUGAAAAGCUUCUUAAGUAUCUUCUUGCUCUUAGAGCUCUUUUACGCGCUCACAAUAUUGAUAAAGAAAAUGCUACAUUACAUAAUGAUAUAAUACGAUUUCAUUUAGCGGUAUCUAAUGAUCAUGAAAUUAAUCCAACAAUAAAUCAAGUUAUUGCUUCUGAAAAAGUAAUCUUGAUGCCAGAAAACAAGCCUUUGAUCGAAUUUAAUGAAAGAUUUUUAGAAAGAAACAAUGGCGUAUCACACUUAUUAGUUGGAGCUGAAACUUUGUAUCUUAUAGACCCAGAAAAGAAGCAUGAAGCUGAAAACCUUUUGUUAAUGGUCGAUUCUGAAGAAUACGCUAGUACAAGGACAUUAGAG